AUGAUGCCGACCCUAUCUUUCUCUCCCAAGCGGAAACGAGAACCUUCAGAAUCAGACUGCUAUAGCCCCUCAGCUUCUCCAACAUCUACAGUUUCGACCGACAGUUUUCAAGAUCCUCGUUUCCGAGAGGACGAGCUAGGGAGACACAGUCCGCGAGCCGCGGUAGCUGGACGAUUUGGAGAGUUGGCCAUCCGUGGCGAGCUCCAGUCGGACGCGACAGCUUUCCCCCAUUCUCAGCAAUCACUUGCUUCCUCAGCCCAACUAUGCGCAUUUGACAGCGCCGUGGCCCAGAACAUGCCUGAAGCUUUACCGGCUAGUAGCGAGUCCAGUGACCGCCAAGCGACGUUAUCUGAGGCGCCCGCAACACAAUAUCAACCCACUUCCUUACCCACUCCUUCAAAAAAGUCAGCAACAUUCCCCCACAAGCAUAUCAAUUCCUCGCCAUCUAAACGCAAGCCCCGAGUGUCUCCUCCUCUUGCAGACACCCCAUCUGAAGACCCGCUGGUAUGGCAUGAUUCCGAGAUAACAGGCCACAACCCGUCCGACCCAAAUGACGAUGGCUAUGGUAUCAAUGGGAUAGGAUUCAAGCCCACUGCAUCGAUUGCAUGGGCAAGGUCACAGAAACGACAAAAGCAGGUCGCCGAGUGGAAGAAUCGCGAAGCCCGGGAGGCUCGUGAAAGACGACGAGAGAGGAGGAGAGACGGCAUCGAACUAGACAAAAUACACAGCAUACAUGACGGCGCAAUCCAGAAACGAGUGAAGUUCGACGUCUAG